AUGGGACACAACUCUGUGUACCCUCUUGCUCUUGCGCCGUCCGUGUGGUUAUUUGCACUGCUGCGCAAUCAACACUCGUCUCUGAACGCCCACACAAACAUCGCGACCUCCGCAAACGGCAUUCAGCGGCUCCGCGCGCUGUUUCGUAAGCGGGCGCUGUACUGGACCCGCUCGCCGCUCACCAUAAUUCUCGGCUGGAUUAUCCCGGUGGUGCUUUUCUACUUGUCUUGCUUUGGAUUCGGCCUGCCCAAGAGUCACCGUAGUAACUCAGCCGCGAGCGCGGGCCUACCCGAGACGGUGGAGCUGCGCAGCAGCGUCCACUUUGGGGCCGCCCGCUGUUUCGUGGAAGAGGCAGCCGCGCCGAACAAAUUCUCGCAGAACUUCGAGGCCCUAGCCGUGAGCGAGGGCGCCACCAUCGAUAAGCUGAAGAAGGCCAAGAUACAGCUGCUGGAAUUCGCACGCAAGGACUUCGUCAAGUACUACACUUACUACGCCUAUGGGGUCAGCUCCAAUGCCACCACGAUCGAGGGCUGGUACAACCCAGCCAGCAGCGUUUCGGCAAACGUGCUUCUCAACCUGAUUAACACGGCACUGUUACGCACCCUCUCCAACUCUCCCAAGGCCCGAAUCACCGCCACUGCGCCAUUCUACCGCAUUAAGGCGCCUAGCGACGUCGAAACUUCCGAGGACGGGAAACCGUCGUCCUCGUCCGUUGCGGUUUUCUGGAUUCUCCUACCGCAAGCCAUCCUCGGUCUAACCGUGUCCACCAUGGCCGUCUUCCCCGUCACCGAAAAGACCUGCGGUGCGCUUGAACUGCAGCUCAUGACGGGCGUGUCGGGCCCGCUGUACGUGUGCUCGCACUUCCUGUUCGACCUACUCGCGCAAUACCUGCUGCCUUUCGGUGCCUCGUUCACCAUGUACGCGUUCGGGUACGAGACAGAUAUGAGCUUCAUCGGUUUCGUGGCGCUGUACCUGGUCCUGCUGUCAUUUGCUCCGGUGGCAAUAUUCUGGCCAUACCUGUUGUCCACUGUGCUCCAGACUCAAGGUGCCGCAUUCACCGCUACUCUGGCGCUGUUCGUCAUCGGAGGACCAGUGGCCUGGGUGUUGUAUUUUCUCGCGCUCGUCAAAUUUUCGAGUCGCCGUCUGGUACGCGCAGCCUUCAUGCUCGUGUCGCCACCGUUCGCUCUGGCCCAGGCCGCCAUUACAGCCGUCAUGGAGGGAAAAAUUGGCUACUUCUGCGCCAAGCAAAGCGAGAAAAAGAGCCGUGCAUGGGCCUCUGCGGUGACAAAGCAAAACCUACGUCGUGCAGCACGUGUUCAGACCUUUUUUCAGGCUGACGGUGACAUGACCGACGAUCAAGAGGAUCCGUGCAGCGUCAGCUUUUUCUCGAUGUCAGAGCACAGCGCAAUGCCAGACAUCUUGCUCCUUGUGGUCGAAGACCUGGUACUCUUCGUCUUCCUCAGCCUUCUGUACUCGGGAUACGGCUUGAAUCUUCGCAAGAUCAUUGAUUCAGUCGUUGGCGUCCCACAUCGCGGAACUGAGGACGCCAUGGACGAAGACGUGAAGGCUGAGAAGGAGCUCGUCGAGAACCUGGCGAAGACCAGCGCGUCGCCCGAGCUAGAGCGACGGGGCUACACGCUGGUGGCGCAUGAUCUGUGCAAGUGGUUCGGUUCCUUCGAGGCUGUCAAGGGCCUCAGCGUGGCUAUCCGUCGGGGCGAGUGCUUUGGGCUUCUCGGUGUGAACGGCGCGGGAAAGAGCACGACUUUCCAAAUGCUCACGGGUCUCCUCGAACUCAGCGCGGGCGAGGCCUACAUGUGCGACGUCAAGCUGACAAGUUCGCCCAGGAAGUGGCAGUCGCACAUCGGCUACUGCCCUCAGAACAAUGGACUCCUGGAGAAGCUCACCGCGUUCGAGCAUCUGCGACUCUUCGCUGGGCUUCGCGGCAUCCACGAUAACCUUGUCGAGGAAGCAGUUCAGACGGCCGUUCAGUUCAUCGACGUGGAAAAACAUGCGAAUAAGCCUUGCGGUACUUACAGCGGUGGCAACAAGCGUAAGUUGUCAAUUGGUCUGGCCAUGCUGGGAAAUCCCAGGGUCAUUUUCCUCGACGAGCCGUUCGCCGGCGUUGACGUCGUGUCCAGGAACACAAUCACUGGCAGGCUUGCCACGAUGCGCAAAGAGGGAAACGUGCCCGUCGUGCUCACGUCUCACGGCAUGGAAGAGUGCGAGGCAGCGUGCGACCGACUGUGCAUCAUGGUUGCCGGUCAGAUGACCUGCCUGGGCACCAUGCAACACCUGCGGGACAAGUUUGGCACCGGCUACACGAUGCAGCUGGUGUUGGCGCGUAAAGCGCCGACGGCGACCGAAGGAAGUGGGGCGGGAGAGGCGACCACCACGGAGGUGAAGUCAAACGAGGCGCUGGACAAGGACGUGAUCGCGCUGUUCCCGGGAGUGCGUGCCCUCGGCGCACAUGACAACGUCCACGACUACCACGUCAAGGAGAAACUUCCUUGGAGCACUGUGUUCGAGAAAGUGCAGGAGCUCGAGAAAUCCUACAAGUUCUCCCACGUAUUAAUCCAAGACACCAACUUGGAACAGAUCUUCAUUUCAUUCGCCGAAAAACGGGCUGCAUCUCAGGAAGUUUGAUGUGGCCUUCGGAUUUCGCGAUG